AGUUUGGUUGUAAAGCAAUCACGCAAAGCAUCUGGGUACCUUGAGCAUGCAAACUCAAAAAGAAGCCGUGACUGCGCUAGAGAGCAAAGAAGAUUCCAAACCUCCCUCUCACCGCGCCAACCUCAAUAGUUAACCAAAUCAAUCUCCCGCUCCAUUAUCCACUUCAAUCCCCCAAUGCCAGCCUCCGAUCGAUAUCAACCCAGUUCCAACUUCCAAGCGUCCGUCGCCGAUGACCUGAGAUGAGGGCCGGGGACAGCAGCAGGAUGGAGAGGCCGCCGGUGCAGCCGGACUACCAGCCCCGCCACCACCACCACGGGAGGACAUCGGCGGAGGCGGACGACCGCCGCCGCCACAGGAAGACGCCGCGGAUCCGGGACGACAACGAGCAGAGAAGCUCCGGGUGGGUGUGGCUGGCGGUGAUCCUCUGCACGCUGCUGAUGAUCGGCGUGAUCGUGGCGGGCGCCACCGUGUUCGCCGUCUACCUCAUCUACAAGCCCAAGAUGCCGUACAUGGUGGUCACGGACGCACGCCUCGGCCGGCUCGUCUACACCCCGGCCGACGGCGUCAUCCGCGACAUCCAGGUCAACAUCGGCGUGCUGGCCCGGAACACCAACUCCAAGGCGGACGCCACCUUCUCCAACUUCGACAUCACCGUCGGGUUCCAUGGCGCCGACCUCGCGCUGCUGAGGGCCAGGCAGUUCACCGUCGCGCGCGACAGGUCCGUGCCGCUGCCGUACGACGUGGUGUCAGGCGGCGCGAGGCUGAACGCCGCCGGGAUGCAGGCCAUGGAGGGGGCGAUCAGGGCCGGGGUGCUGCCCCUCGACGUCUUCGGCAAGGCGCGGACGAGGUGGAAGAUGGGGAUCUUCCUCCGGGUGCAGUUCUGGACGCGCAUCUCCUGCCGUCUCUACUUCAACUACCCCGGCAAUGGCACCGCCUGGCCCAUCGACCGCCACACCUGCCGCUCCAGGUCGCCGUAGCAGGCAGGCAGCCAUCGCUCUGCUCUCCUCUGCUUUCCUCACCAACUAUACUCUGCAAUUCAUUAUUCCGUUCGUUCUUUCGGUUAGUCGUAUGAGCAGGAACACAAUUCUUGUACAGGCAAAGAAUGCUGGUAGUAUAUACAUAGCCGCAGCUGCAAGACCUCCAUUACUUUGAAAACAUUUGUAAUUCUUUUUUUUUCUCGAUCCCAUGUUAAUCUAUAGUUCUGUACUGUACUUUACAAAACGUAAAUGGUGUAUAUGGAAUAGUUCAACAUCGGCAUGUAAUUUGGUCAAAUGUUCAGUGAUCCUGUGAGAGUGCUCUAAUCUGAAAGGAUGGCCAGAACAUGUCGAGUACUUCCAGGCUCCAUGCAUAGAUUCUUUUGAGACAGCCACGGCUGUCGAGUGUGGUUUCAUUCAAAACCUUAAACGCCAAAAGCAUUCGCUUGUGUGUGUCGCCUUCGCCUCAU